CCGCUGGUCAGAGACACAGGCGGAGGCGGCGGCUGCAGCGGAGACCGAGGCCGAGGCAGGCCGCGGUGUCCCCCCUGUUCCUUAGUGCCAGGGUUCCUCCCACCUCUGGGCCGACCGGGCCGGUCAUUAUGGAGCCCGGGGCGGCGGAGCUGUACGACCAGGCGCUGUUGGGCAUUCUGCAGCACGUGGGCAACGUCCAGGAUUUUCUGCGGGUGUUGUUCGGUUUCCUUUACCGCAAGACUGACUUCUACCGUUUGCUGCGCCACUCGGCGGAUCGCAUGGGCUUUCCCCCAGGGGCGGCCCAAGCCAUGGUGCUGCAGGUAUUCAAAAAUUUUGAGUACAUGGCUCGUCAAGAUGAUGAAAGGAGAAGAAAAGAACUUGAAGAGAAAAUGAGAAGAAAGGAAGAGGAGGAAGCUAAUGUGACAGUGACUGCCGAAAAAGUCCCAGCCCCAGCCCAGGAGGUGGAGAUAGACUCAACCACAGAGUGUGGUGCUGCUGCAGGGGCUGCUGGGCAUCAGGAAAUGAAGAGGGCAAAGGCCCCUGUGCCUUCAGGGGCUGAGCAGGAGGCAGGUCACAGCUCUAGGGAUGCAGAACUUCCGGCAAUAGCUGUUGCUGAUGUUCCGGUUGAACCACCAGCCCUUCCCAAGAGACAGGAGCAGUUCCAGAAAAACCCCGACAGUUACAAUGGUGCUGUACGUGAGAACUACACCUGGUCUCAAGACUACAGUGACCUCGAGGUUAAGGUGCCAGUGCCCAAGCAUGUCCUGAAAGGGAAACAGGUGUCUGUGGAUCUCAGCAGUAGUUCUAUUCGUGUGGCAAUACUAGAAGGGAAUGGAGAACGUGUUCUCAUGGAAGGAAAAUUCACCCAUAAAAUCAACACUGAAAGUUCUUUAUGGAGCCUUGAGCCAGGGAAAUGUGUCUUGGUCAACCUCACCAGGGCUCACCUAUGGUGGCAGAAAGUCCAUGAGAUGCUGAAGAAGGGAUGGGAUGCUGAAGGCUCCCCCUUCCGAGGCCAGAGAUUCGACCCAUCCAUGUUCAACAUCUCCCCAGGGGCUGUGCAGUUUUAAUGACCAGAAGGAAAG